UUCGCCAACUUAAUUUAUUCUCGCCACUUUUUAAUGCCAAUGGAGAGACUACCAUCUCAUGCCUCAUUUGUUCAGCUUCUUUUAAGCCUUCAGCCACAGCAGCAGGCCAAAGAAGGAAGCAGAAGAGAGCCUCCCCACCUCACCAAACCCAGAGUCCUAAAAGAAACCACCAACACCACCAUGGGAAGAGCCCCUUGUUGCGACAAAGCCAACGUGAAGAAAGGCCCGUGGUCCCCCGAGGAGGACGCCAAGCUAAAGGCCUACAUCGAGCAGUAUGGCACUGGAGGCAACUGGAUCGCCCUCCCUCAAAAGAUUGGCCUUAAGCGAUGCGGUAAGAGCUGCCGCCUCCGAUGGCUAAACUAUCUUCGACCGAAUAUUAAGCAUGGAGGAUUCUCUGAAGAAGAAGAUCACAUCAUUUGUAGCCUGUACAUCAGCAUCGGUAGCAGAUGGUCUAUAAUUGCCGCCCAAUUGCCGGGAAGGACCGAUAACGACAUCAAGAACUACUGGAACACAAGGCUGAAGAAAAAGCUUUUAGGCAAGCAACGCAAGGAUCACCAGCAACAGGCGCGUCGAGGUGGGGGGCCAAAGCAAGAAGAUAGGAGUGAUGAGAGCGGAAAUCCGGCAGUUGCCGGCGAGGGUGGCAGCCGGAGCACGUAUUGGCCUGAGCCAGCCAUGCCUGUUUACUCGACCGGCCAGCCCGAUCAUCAUCUCAACAACAACCAUGCUUCGACGACAGAUAGACUGCUGAUGAUGCUCGGGGGAAGGUCCUCCAACGACAGUAAUGCAAGCCAUCAGAGCCCUUUCAUUCCACAGUACUCAUCAGUUCCACUGCCACAGAUCUAUAAUAAUUCAGCUAGCUUAAUUAACCCUUCGGUCAACACCACUUCCUUCAAAGAAGCCAUGCAAGUUCCUCAUCGGUUUGCAGCCGAGGUCGAUGAGAUGCUUCAUUGCAACCCGGUGAAAUUGGAAAGCCUUGAUUGCUUCUAUGGAGCAGGAGGCAUCUCUGAUGAGCACCAAGGGACUACCACGUCUGAGAGCAUGAAUAUUUGGAGCGAGGUAAGUCCUUUGAUAUACCCGAAUGUGGUCACAAGCUACCAAGGGAUGCAGCAGUGUCUGUUUGAAGAGCCGGUCCACCUCGGCAUGCAGUGAUGAUGAUUGAUGCACAUGAGCUUGUGUAUAUUUGUAGCAUUGAUGAAGGUGAUGGCAUUGAAUUUCUCGGAUAAUACCCUAAUUAAUAAACUGAGGUAUUUGGGAGAGCUGUUUUUUCUUUUCUAUUUUUGGUUGGUUUGUGUUUUUAUCAAGAUAUUGGAUAGUGAUUGCAUCUCCUUUGGCUA